UCAAAAGUUAUCUUUAACACGGCUUACCUAUUUUUAGCAUCGCAUAAACCUUGAUCCACCCAUCAUUGAUUCCAACGCUAUUGUUCCCCAAUAAAUGAAUGGCUGAUGUAAUGAUUUAAUAGCCAACUGCUCACAAACAUUUACUGCAUGCCGCUGAGGUCUCCUGAGACGAAUCACAUCCAAUUUUGCUUAUCACUGUUAAUGGCAUAAUAACCAUUCUCUGUACAUUAUGUAAACAUCGCACUACCGAAUCACGUUGUCCUGCACGUACAAAUAAACACAGUAACAUGAGGUGGAAAGUUUGUAAUUCAGGACAUUAAUCUGUGUAGGAAGUUCUUGGGUCAAAAAAUAAAGAAAGAAUUGCUUAGGAUUCUCGCUUUAACAAACAGAGCAAUGAUUGUAACUUGGACACAAGCAAUCCUAUUCUAAAUGUCAAAGAUUAUUGUUCUGCCGUUUGGCGCGGACGCAGUCCUAUGUCCUCUCAUCUCUGUCGUUGCAAUUUUGGGAUAACAUUCUGAUACUAGUGACCUGACUUUGAGUCUUCAAAAAAGAGGCUUCAAACUGUUUAAUGUCAGUUGACGAACCACUCUGAAACUACUGAAAACAAAAAAGCAAAGGAGAAUGAAAUAACAUCUAUUCAAGCGAACCACAUAACUUGCAUGACAAAAGUCUGCUGGCUUAAUGUUCACACACAAUGCGAAACGUACAGACAGGUGAUCCGUGUCGAUGGUGCGGUACUUGCCUUUUAAGCGACGGAUAUCUGAAGACUGUUUUUUCCCUAAUUCUUAAUUGUUGAUAUUUCAUCAUUCAAUAUUAUCCAAGUGUAAAAAUAAGUUUGUAAAAUGUGAAAAGAAAUUUCCAAAAAUGAUUAGUUUUCUUUUCACUUUAUCGUGUUCAUACUUAUUGCUAUACAAUGAUUAAAUGUAAUGUAAUUGUAUUUCAAAUGUAAGCAUAUUGUUCGUAGUAAAACGGUGAAAACAAUCAAAUAUGUUUCUGUAUGAGUCUUCGCAGGUAUUAUUAUUUAAUACUCAUUUAUUAUGCAAGUCUAAAAACACAUUUAAUCAGCGUUGCUAACAAAAUGUUGAAAGCAAUAAAAAACAAAUGUAUAAUAACUUACUAACCAUAGAUAUGAAAACAUAAAACAAGAAAAUGUAAUGAAAUUGCCUUGAGACGUGUACCUUAUUUGAAAUGAAAAAUAGCGCCACCUGCUGCAUUUGAGAGCACACUGACCCUCAUGUAGUCUUGACAUACAUGCACUGUGAACAGAUACACGCUUAAAAGAUUUCAUGUCUCACUUCAUUUGAAAGGUGGCAAUCAAAAACACACAACUUUAUGUUUCCUUUUUUUUUCAUGCACACACACACACCUGCGCAAACACACACACACACACACACACACAUGAAUCACUGUUGUGAACUAACUUGAUUCCGGGCAGACAUCUCAGUAAGGUCAUUCGCACAAUUUACUGUGCGUGUUUGCAUUCCAGCUCAAAUGCACUGAAACUCUUGAGCAGCAGCCUCCCACACAAACACACACACACACACACACACACACACACUGGCCACAAUAUUAUCAUCUCAUGCAAUAUAACCUGUUCUAACAUGGAAAUGCAUCUUUACAAAUGGAAAAAAAUCAAAUAUAGCGAUAUACAGUACAUAAUAUGUUGAAAGGAUUUUGCUCUGAGUCACGGAAUCCCACAAGGCUCUGUUAUCUGCCCAUCAUUUAGUGGGCGUCAAAGUUUGAUGAUUAUUUUGACAAUUUACCACGCAAACGGUGUUGCGAGGGCUCGUUCCCCACCGCUAGCGGCUUUGGUUUUCGAUGUGUUUGUGUGGUUUCUAGUGGUAUGGAAAAUCUGUUUAUCUGAUUUAUAUUCACACGAGAGUCAAAACAGACAAUCAAUCCGAGGUGAUUAUCUUUGGUAAGGCCAAAAGCAAUGUCAUUUGCCUUUUCACCUCGUGAUCUGAUCGUGGAAUGCAGUAUCUGCCACGGGAUUAAUGUUUCGGGGGCCCUUUCUGCAGCAUUUCCACGUCGUAAAUCUAAAAUAUCCAAACGCAGUGUUGUUGUUGUUGUUGUUGACCUUUGGUAGCUUCCCCCCCCCACCCCACCCAGCUUAAAAGGCUCCUGGAUUUCCACUUCCUAACAAUGGCCUGACCCGUCCCGUCCCUCCUCCAGGGGCGGAAAGGCCGACACCGCGGAACAGUUUGGAAGCCAGAUAUCUGAGAGAACAAUGGUCAAGGAUAAGGCAGGCAUCCAAACACAAGGGAUCCCAUCGUGAUUACUGUUAAUAAUUACAGUCGGGAGUAGCGACUGCGGCGUAAUUUAUUGAUGGCUGAACAGCCGGCUGUCACAGUUGCGCUCCAAAUGCUGGAGGAGGAGGCGAGGCCAGUGGAAAGUCUGGAUUUGUAGCACUCAAUCAGAUCUGACAAGUGAUCCAGACCUCGCGCGCUCUCCCAUCUGGACCUUUGUUGUUCACGGUGUUCAAAGGUGAUCUCACAGUUGUUGUUGCGCUUUAACGGAUCUCGGCAGCAACAGGUCCUCGGAGGUAGCGCGAGCGGCCGUCAUGCAAGCGGGGGCCAACCGGUACGCGGUGGCGCGCUCCCUGUACUCGGAGGAGUCGUUCGCCGAGGAGCACGAGAAGGUUUACAGGCACCGCAAGACCACGCUGGAGCACGUCAAGCAGUACUUCACGUGUGACGCCAGACGUGCCAAAAAUGCCGUUUUGUCCCUCCUGCCAAUCAUCGGCUGGAUAAAGAUCUACCGAGUGAAAGAGUGGCUGCUGAGCGAUAUCGUGUCGGGCGUCAGCACCGGACUCGUCGCUGUCCUGCAAGGUUUGGCCUACUGUCUCCUGGCUUCUCUUCCGCCCUGGUACGGCCUCUUCUCCGCGUUCUUCCCCGUCGUCAUCUACUUUUUCCUGGGAACCUCCAGACACAUCUCAGCGGGUCCGUUCCCGGUGCUGUGCCUGAUGAUCGGCUCGUCGGUCACCAGGCUGGUACCGGACGAAAGCCCGCCCGCUAACAUCACAGGUUUCGAAGGCCUCACCAAGGACGAGCAGAGAGUGUUGGUGGCCUCGUCUGUCACGUUCCUCGUCGGAAUCAUGCAGCUGGCGAUGGGCAUCCUGCAGGUGGGCUUCGUGGUCACGUACCUGUCGGACACUCUGGUGUCCGGCUUCACCACCGCGGCCGCCAUUCACAUCCUGGUGUCCCAGCUGAAGUUUGUGCUGGGCCUGCAAGUCCCCGGAAUAAGCGGACCGCUCUCCAUUAUAUACACUCUGGAGGUCAUCUUCAACAAGAUCCAAUCCACCAACGUUUGCGACGUGGUCAUCUCCUUGGUGAUCAUGGCGGCGGUGUUCGUCGUGAAGGAGCUGAAUGACCGAUUUAAAGCCAAGUUGCCCGUUCCCAUCCCUAUUGAGGUCAUCACGACCGUCAUCGCAUGCGGCGUUUCGUACGCGUUCGACUUCAGGAGCAAGUACGGCGUGGACGUCGUCGGUCAUAUUCCGAAGGGGUACGAGCCUCCGUUGGCCCCCAACCUGCACAUCGUCCAAGACACGGCCAUGGAGGCGUUCCCAAUGGCCAUAGUGGGUUUUGCCGUGGCCUUCUCCGUAGCUAAAGUCUAUUCUGUGAAACACGACUACACCAUAGAUGGAAACCAGGAGCUGAUCGCUUUCGGAGUCAGCAACAUUUUCGGAGCGUCCUUCAAGUCUUUCGCAGCCAGUACGGCUCUGUCCAGGAGUGCAGUGCAGGAAAGUACUGGGGGGAAAACUCAGGUAGCCGGCUUGCUGUCAGCCGUCAUCGUGAUGAUCGUCACCUUGGCCGUGGGAUUUCUCCUGGACCCCCUCCCGAAGUCCGUGCUGGGCGCCGUGGUCAUCGUCAACCUGAAGGGAAUGCUCACGCAGUUUCGAGAGGUGCCCUACCUGUGGAGGCGGGACAAGGCGGACUGCGCGGUGUGGUUGGGCACGUGCAUCGCAGCCAUCUUACUGGGGUUGGAUCUCGGUCUAGCCGCGGGACUCGGCGUGGAAGUACUCAGCGUCGUCCUCAGGGCUCAGUUCCCUCGCUGCAGCGUGCUGGCCAACAUUCCCGGCACCGACAUCUACAAGGACAGAAAGGACUACGUCGACAUAUACGAGCCAGAAGGAGUGAAGAUUUUCCGAAUCCCGUCGCCAAUCUUCUUUGCCAAUAUCGAGUUCUUCAGGAGCAAACUGGUAGAAGCUGUGGGAUUUAAUCCACUGAGGAUCCUCAGGAAGCGGAAUAAGGCGCUGCGAUUGAUCCGGAAGCUUGUAAAGAAAGGUUAUCUGCAGUGGACGUCGAACGGCUUCCUGAACACCUCGUGCGGCCCCGUCAAGGAGUCGGCGGAAGCGGAAAGCGACGCGGAGGAACGGGACCUGCCCACGGACUUCAAGGAGCCGCCCGGCCGCGUGGACUGGAACGCCGAGCUUCCCGCCGACAUCAUCGUUCCCCGGGUGGACCUGCACAGUCUGGUGCUGGACUUCGCGGCCGUCUCCUUCCUGGACGUCUCCGCUCUCAAGGGUCUCAAAGCGGCGCUCAAAGAGUUCGUCCGCGUCGAAGUGGACGUCUACAUUGUCGCCUGUGAUCCUUACAUCCUGGAGAAAUUGCACCAGUGCAGCUUCUUUGAUGACGAAGUCCGGCCGUCCAUGUUCUUCCUGACGCUGCACGACGCCGCGCUGCACAUCCUGAGCAAACAUCCCGAGCGCUGGCAAAACAAGUCCGGCUACGACAAGAUUCUAACAACGGUCACGGCGCACCACCCUGCAGGAGGUCUCAGGAGCAGAGAUCGAAAUGCGCCAGAUCCAGAAACCAGGUUGUAACUUCUGAGUGAUUGCUUUUUAUGGAGUAAAAAAAAAAAAAAAAUAGAUAUGCCAGACCAAAGGAUGAGUUGUUAUUUUUUGUGGUAUUUUUUUUUUUCUUUUUCCUCCAAGACCGGCUCAUCUGAGCAGAGUGCACUUAUCUGAAAUGCUUUUGACCUGACAAUCUGUAUGUACGCCGUCUCCACGUACGCAAAGAGGUAAUUUGGUGUUUUCAUACUGUACAUAGCAAAUUUGUGGAUGUGUCGCAAUGGCUUUUUAUAUGCUUUAUAGCUGUAUAUUUUCAGGAUGAGGAGAAUAAAUGAAGUUUUUUGGA